UUUUGCCAGCGGCAACACUGCUGCUGACUAGCCCGGUCAAUUUCAUGUUUUGGCAUCAUUGCUAUUGUCUCAUUCAACGAUUGACCAGUUGAUAUCUGCACGAAAUUUUUCGCGGUUAUUUUUGGUCAUAUUUAUAAGCAUUUGAGUGUAUUGUUGAUUUCUCAAGUACUAACACCACUUUUUUGUCAUGGAUAGACGGAAAAUAGUAUCUAGAAAUCCAUUGCAUAAACAAUUGUAUUCGUCAAGUCAAAUAGUUAAGACAAGUGUGUCUGAAGGUUUUGAUAUUGUGCGGUCUGUAAGUACAAUAAAUGAAAAUUUAUCGGUCUCUCGAAAACGUAAAAAUUCAGAAGAUCAAGAAAACGAUGAUAUUUUAAGCGUAUUGCCAUCCACCAUAAAUUUAUCGAAUGCCAAGAAGAAAAGACGUAAUAUUAUCAAUAACAGCGAUGAUGACGGUAGCGAGGAAGAGGCAUCAUUGCCUCCGGAACGUAAUUUUGAUAAAAAUGAUAAAGAUACUAGUAAGGAAGAGAAAAGUGAAUCAAGUAAAUGCAAUUCUGGUUCCUCUAUUAAAAAUUUUCUAGAGACAUUAGAUAAAAGUCCUGCCAAAUUGAGCCAAAGUUCAAACAGUUCAACAGAAAAGUAUCGCAAAAUGAACUUGAGAACUCCUUUACGAUCUAGGGCUGGAGGAGCAAUAUCUAAAUCUUUAGAAGCCAAAGUAAAUGUUAAACCAGUGAAUGAAUUAAGAGAUUCAAGAACCCAUAUAACUGAUUUAAAAAAGAGCUUGAUUGGUCCAGCGUUGUCAAAGCAAAAAACAGCUAAAACAGUUGUUACUGACGAAGAAAUAGCAUCUGAUACAGAUGUUACUACAGAUGUAGAAGGAUUAAUAAAAGAAUCAAAAAAUCCAAGAACAAAGAAGAAUGAUUUGAAAAAGAAUUUUCCUGGACCAGCUUCAUCAAAAAGAAGAAGACAAAGUAUCAUUUCUGACAAUGAAGAAAUGACAUCAGAUACAGAGAUAACAGCUAAAAAAGUAAGAAGUGAAACAAGAGAAAUAAGUCCAGAAAGAUUAUCAAUAAGUUCAGUAGCUCCAAAAAGUCCCGAUAAAACUCCAAUAAGAAAUCAAAAUAGGAUAAUAGAUUCACCUGAACUCAGUCCACUGAAAACUUUUCAAAGUCCCGCAAGAGUCGAAGAAAGAGAAAAUAUUACACAGCACAAAAAGCGACCUGUUAAUCUAAAUAAGACUGAUGAUAAAUUUCUGGAUUUUGUCAAUGCUGCAGGGAUUACAUUAUGUUCUGGAGAAAAUUUAUAUAUAACAAAUGACAACCCUCUUGAAGUUAUUAAAAAAAUGAAAGAGCUUCUAAUUAAUGGCAGUAUAAAUCAAGAUCAAGUUGUAAAGGCUUGGAAAAGUUAUAUUGAAGAUGAGGAGAAUUUGCGUAAAUCUUUCUUGGAAAUAAGAAUUGAAUCUGAAGAGAGAGUUGUUGUAAGUUCAAAAGCUCUAUCUCUGGUAAAACUUCUAUUACAAGUUCCUCAAUUACAAAUGGAAGUGUUUAGAAGUUUAUUUAGUAAACUUAUUGAUGCUGUUAUGACAACUGAAUCUGCAGAUGAUGCACCAUGGGCUCUACAAAUGAUACAGCAAUUCCGAUUUUUAGAAACUAUAGUAGAUCCUGAUGAUUUAAUCAAUCUAAUUGAGGAUUUAUUAAGCACAUCUCCAGCAUGGUUCCAGCGAGAAAUUAUAAUACUCAUUCCUGAUAUUAUUACAGAUGUUUUACAUCGCCCAACAGCAGAGAUGCUAGUUAAAAUCAUUGAAAGUCCAAAUAAUACUGAUUUGAUAAACAUUGUAUUAGAUGCUAUUUAUAAUUUAUUAUUAUCGAAAGAGUACAGAGAAGAAAUCAGAGAAAAAGUUUUAAAAUUACUUAACACAAAAUUUGAUAAAAGUAUUGUUCCAUCAAUCACAAGAUUUAUUCUUCAUUCUUGUUCUUCUGAAGCUAUUGCACUGAAGUGUUUAAAUGCUCUCCGCGAGAUAGAUAUGGCACCAUCAUUGAAAGAAAAUGCAGAUGAAUGUUAUACAUAUCAGUCAUCUAUGGUAACUGCGAUAAAUAUAAGUAUUCAACUAUCUAAGGAAGUAGAACAAGCAGCAGUAACAGUUAUUAAGUCUGUCAAAAUUAAGCCACUACCAUUUGAUCUAAUUCUGUCUAUGUUGCUAUAUAAUACAACAGCAGCUAAGAAGAAAAUCGUAGAAACUAAUUUACUAAAUCAUAUUAAAACUGGAUUUUACAAAACGUCUUUACUUGGUUCAUUGUACAGUGGAUAUAGAUAUGUCGUUAAAAGUUUCCAAACGGAUGCAUUAAAUUUGGCUAUUGGAUUUUUAAAAGCUGAUGCUCAGUCAUAUGUAGAGUUUGGAAUUGAAUGGGUAAGGUACAUGUUUAUAAACCAAGCUGAUACUUCCUACAAACAAAGGGAUAUAAUGGAGAAAUUACUGCACUUGAUGAAUACCAAAAACAAAACUGUUAAAAAUUCUCUCGAAGUAUUAAUUAGAAUGUCAAAUGAUGAGAAUGAGCGUGGUUAUCUGCAAACACACGUUGGAUUUUUAAAAAGCUUUUUAGAAAAAAUUGAGAAUUUAUAUUUUGAUGAUGUAGCUACUCUGUAUCAUUUACUUCAUGGGCUAUGCACACACUCAAAAUCAUUUGCAAAUAUUUUAAACGAAGAUUUAUUCAUAAUAAUGCAAAAACAAUUAUGCAGUUCAAAAGUUCAAAUCAAAUGCAAAGGAGUUCUUGGGGCAGUUAUGGCAAUAAAACAUUUAGCCUGUGAAUCAGAAACAAAGGAUGAAGCUUACUGCCUGACAAGAAAAACUAUAAUCAGUUUAAAAGACUGCAAACGAUCUGAAGCUUUGUUUUAUGAUCAAUUAGCAAAUGUUAUUGCUACUACAAAUGAUAUUUAUGACGACUAUCUAACUUCUAUUACAAAUGAAUUGGAGGAUCAUUUCAUAGCAACAUGUUUGGUUGAAAGUAGCCCAAAUAGUAUUUUAGUUCCUCGUUUUGGUUUGAUUGAUUCAAAAGAUAUAGACAAUAAUUAUCUUUGUUUUGGUAACUGUAAGUUUGGGGCAUACGUAUCAAUAUUUUUUAAGCUAUUGCGUAUAUGCAAUAUGCGAACGAAUGGAAAUUUAGAAAAUAUAAAUGCAAUGUUAGGGUGUCCAAUUUUUAUGCCAAAAGAUUUUGACAUGCCAGAACCUGCCACAGCAGAUUAUAUGAUACACUGUAUCAAUUGGUUCAGAGAAACUAUUGGGGCAUUCGUGGAAGAAAGCAGUGUUCGUAGUCAAAUUUUAAAACGCCUGGAAACUUUAAUGAGUUUACAAGGCGAAUACGUACAAAUGGUCGCAAUGCUUGAAACACGCUAUCAACCACCCCCGUGUUAUUUCAAUUACUUUCCUACUCCUCAAUUUGUACGAUUAGAUUUCAAGCUGGGCAAGAAAGGUAAAAAAGGCAAAAAAGGCGAUAAGAAGGGUGUAAAUGAUAGUAGUAAGAUCGACUCUACUUUAAGUAAAUCAAAUUCAUUAUAUGAGUGGGAAAUCUGGGAAAAAGGAUCUGAACUAACAGUUAAAAAUCCUGCAUUUUUCAGAAGAAUGGAUACAAAAAUAAUAUAUUUAUUAGAUAUGGACCUUACUUCAACUCAGUUACCUUCUAUGAGUGUAACAAUAGCACAAGUUUGUUUUAUCAUUCGAGAACUACUUAAUAUGUUUGAAACUGAAGUAUCUGAAAGUUUCAUGAAAGAAAUAAUAUUGUUGUUACCGAAAGUUUGCAAAAAACUGCAAAAAAUUGUUGCUAAUUUAAGAGAAAAUGAUAGUGCAUACGAGAAGGAGGCUGUUAGAUUGAUUUUGAACUUAUUUAUUUCUAUAUUCAAUUGGAAAGAAUUCAAGAAUUCAAAAUACCGUAAUCUACUUCGAGACGGACUCAGAGCUUUAGCAGCAAUGAUGAACGAAUCUAGUACGUUAUUAAGAUCUUGUAAAGACCUAGUCGUCGAAGCAUACAAGUAUUUUGAGUCAUUGGCAGACAUAGCGACACAAAUUACGUUAGCUGUUGCUCUAGUAAAAUUGUGUGAUACUUUGAUAAAAUAUGCUGAAACUUUUGAUCAACAGUCAAAAGAUCAACAAGCGAAAAUGUCUUAUGGUUACUUAAGCCUUGUCUGGAAUGAGUCACAUGGUCCUCAGUAUAAAGCAGCCAUAAAAGAAUUGUUGAAGAGCUGGAUGGAAAAUGAAUCUGAUCCACUGAAAACUGUUAGUUCAGUUUUAGAAUGGUUGCCAACAGAAAUAGCGACUCUUGAACGAUCACAUUCUCGUCUAAGUAGAAUGCCUUCUGUGACGAAAGUCCAUUUCCAUCUAUUGUUGAAGCAAUUAUUUGUUGGUCUCAUAAAAGGAGUUCAAGUUUCGUUGGAAGUGGCUAAGAGGGAUCCCCAGAGAAUAAAAAUAUGGUCAGAAACUGGCAUAUGUUUAGAAAAAAUUUCCGACAUCUGUAAAAGUAAUAAAUAUAAUUUAUAUCUGACCUUUUUCUUGCGUUAUACGACAAUACUAUAUCAAAUUCUUCUAAGUUCUGGAAUGAGCGUUUUAGAAGCAAGUGCUAAAUAUCAAUCUGCAGAAGUUUUAAAUAUUAUAAAAUCAUUUCAAAAAUCUAAUAGAUUUUUGAGAGAUAUCUUCUGUACUGCCAGAAAAAGUAACAACGUAGCUCUCUUGAAACUUAUUCCACUUGCUAAAUCAAAACGAGAAAAGUUCAUAUACAGAGUAAAAGGAAUGUUAGCGGCUAAUAAUUCCAUUGGCGCUUUUUGGAUGGGUACUCUGCUUAAUAAAGAUUUAGAUGGCGAAGAAGUUGAUGCAGAGUCAUCUGAAGAAAUAACUGAUCCCGACAUAAUAGCAGACAAUUCUAUAGAUGAUGCGGUAUCAGAGAUAAUUGAGAGUGACUCUGACGAAGAAAUAAAUGUAGAUGAAUAGUACACUAAUUAGAGCCACAAGCUCGAG